ACACACACACACACGCGAGGCUAAUGGGGGAGACAGUGCAGAUAGUGAUUUCCUAGUAGGUAUAUAACUAAACAUUACACACGAGGCAAGCUCUCUGCGUACUCUCUUUCUUAAUUCGUCUCGCCAGUCAUUACACGUACUCUCUCUCUCUCCCUCUCUCUCUCUCUCUGGCUUCCAGCCUGGAUCGGCAGGGAGAGUAGCCUGCUAUUAGAGCUGUUAUAGUUAACGAGCUGCUUGGUUUGUUUGCUACACCCGACCUGGCCGUAUUAUAGGUAGAUAUAUUAGUGCAGCGUAUUUUGUGGUGAAGAUCACGGAAUAGAUGUUGGGAGAAGUGGAUGUUAUCAACCGUGUUAAGUUUCGGAGGAUAGCAAACGCUCUUGUGACCUCGUUUGUAGUUGGAGUCUCCCCUGUACUCUCUGUUCGAUGUAGGAAACUGUAUGACAACAUGUACGGUCGACUCCUUGCUAUUUGUAGGAAUGGUAACCCAGCUGUCGGCAAACGCAAGAUUUCUUUUGAUGAUCUAAUUCUUGCGUUUAUCACAUUCCUCUUUUUGAUCAACGGAAUUCUCUGGAUAAAUGUGGUAACGACUCAAGAUGGGAAAGCGUUGGGUGUGGACCACAUCAGGAACUUUAAGAAAACAUUUCCCAAUCACCGGGGACAGUGCACUCAAGGAUACGAGCUGAACACUCUACGUGGUAAAAAACUGUCUCCUUUUUGGCAGAUUGUAACACUUACAUCCAACAUAGCUUAUCGUCUUGUCACAGGGAGCUCUGUACACAGAUGUAGACCGUGUGAUGCUGGUUCUAGUAAAGUUAAAGAAGCACGAUCCUGCUCACUCUGUCAUCCCGGUCAAUAUCAGCCAAGUAAAGGAAGCAGCGAUUGUGUGGACUGCCCUGCUGGAUCAUACCAACCUGCUUUUGGAGCUGCAGUCUGUGAUAUCUGUCCGGCAGGAUUCCACCAGCCGGUACCAGGAGGGUGGGACUGUGUCCAAUGCCCAGAGUUCACUUACCAACCUCGUAACGGAAGCAGAGAGUGUCUACCUUGCAGUGAACAAGAGCUGAUCUCUGAUCUCCACCAGUGUGGAAUACUGGGUAAAGCUUCCAGAGACUCCCCUCUUGUUUGCGCUCUUGACAGGUGCCAAUCGGAGUCUAUUCAACAGGACCAACUUAUCACCGAGCAGCAGGAGCAUCAUGAUGAGGAUGGCUUUUUUUUUAGCGGCUAUUUACCUACUUUUGAUAAGUUGAGGAGGAGAUGGGAGGAGGAGAUGGGAGGAGCAGAGGGCACGAGGGUGAAGGAGGAAUUUACAGAGGAGUCACAAGCUGAGAUAGUUGAUAGCUCUGAAUCGGGGUUGGAAGACGAGAUAACGGUUGUGAACCAUGAUAAUGAUGAGGAGAUUGGGGAUCAUCAAAAGGACGCGACUCUGGAGGAAAAAGAAGACGAAUUGAAGGAAAAAGAAGACGCUUUGAAGGAUGAUGUUGAUGUCUUGGAGAUGGAAUUACCAACCUCCGAAUCUGAUUCUACAGUAUAUGACGCUACGGUACAUGAAGAGAUUACUGGCGAAACCAGAGAAGAAACAGAAGUUGAAGUAAACUUGGAGGAGGACCAAAGUGGUGAAUCUAAUGAAAGUUUGGUCUCAGAAGACGAACCAGAGGUUGAGCUGGACGAAAUGUCUUCUUCAGUGGUAGUGAAGACAGCAGAAUAUCUUAAAUCUACGAUGGACGAAAACGGAAAUGAAAAAGAAACUUUGCCAGUGAAAGACGAAAUUGAUGAUACUACUGAUGAACAAAAUUAUCUACCCGAAAACAACUUGAAUUCAAUGGCCGAUGUAGUAAAAGAAGAGAGCAAGGAGUUAAGCGAAAUAGAUUCAACUGAAAAAGAUCGUGUUCUUGAGAAUCAUCCGUUGCCAUCCACUCCACAACAUUCACCACCUACAAGGAGCUCCGAUCAUCCUAUCUUGCAAAAGAUCACUGAGGAAAUCAGCGAAAAUAAUAAAAUAUUUGACCCUUACAUCCCGGUGAAUGAAGACUUCAAAAAUGACGCUGUGGUUAUACCAUCGAGCGAGACCGUCUACAGAGAGGUCGAAGAAGAAAAGGACAUAGAAGUUGGAUCUGAUGAUUCCUUCUCAACAGAGGUUGCGGAAGAUUAUGAAAAUAUGAUCGAAGGAUCAGUGAUAGCAGAUGCUCCUACAGAAGAUAUUGCAGAAGAAAACAUUGCACAAAUAUUUGAAGAUGUAUCAGAAGAUGGUCUUGACUCUACAGAAGAAGAUGUGCAGGUAGCUGUAAAAGAGGUGACAUCUAAUGAUUCAGACUCUGCGGAAGUUGCAGAAGAAAAGGAUGCCAAGAUUGAAAAGUUAGUUUAUGCUGAAGAAAAUUCCAUAGAAAAUUUGGAACAAAAGGCAUCAGAUGGUCCAGAAGUCUUAGGAGAAUCAAGUGUAGAACUUGAGAUUAAACUGGAAAAUGCGGCUAUCGUACUAGAAACAGUUGAAAGUGAUAAGGAUGAACAUGUUGAGGAAUCUGAUAAAAUAUUUCUGAGUGAUACAGUCGAUAAGGUUCUGGUUCAGAGAUCAGCUGAAUGUGACGAAGUCUCCAUCAAAGCCGAUGAAGGAGAUGUUUCUAAGAAAACUAUGAGAGGUUGUGAUAUUGCAAGAGCGACCAGAGAAUGGAUCUCAACAGGGAAUUUAGCAGAACUUGAGCGGUUACAGCAACUUUUGGUUUCACAGUUUGAUGCUAUCAGGCAUCAUGGUCGUCGUGUUUUUGGAUCAGAGCUACAUCUGAUUAUCAUCCCGAUCGCUCUCUCCAUCCUGCUGAGUUACUGUUGUUUGAUGGGAAUAGCUCUACACAUGCUGGUUGUUACGGAUAGAAACUUCCUCACCAUGGCUUCUCUGUUAACCGACAUGGUGUUUCUUGCCUCUUUUACCCUACUAGAAGACGAUAUGAGGGGUGGUCAUGUGGUUGCAGCAGUUUUACUAGUUCUCAGCAUAGGUUUCUUCACUGCAUCCCUUCGGGUCGUAGACCAAAUCUCAAAAGCUUUCCCUAUAAAAUUAUGGAAGAAAAUCGCAACAAUGAUGAUACUAACUGUUUCAAGUGUUAUCGCACCACUCCUGUUCAUCAACUGUGAAUUAAUGACAAGCAAGACGAAGUAUUGGCCACUACAAGACGAGACUAUAUUACGCUUACUAUGUGUUUCCAAACUUUUGUCAAUACCGUCUGUUCUGAUUAGAAUAGACUGCGAGGUGGCCAAGUCUCCACUCAGAACAACUCAUGGAGUACACGUGAUUGAUUUAAUCUUGGAGACAAUAAAAUUCGUGCUUGCGAUGAUAUCUCCGUUUAGUGAAACUAUGCUGCAACUUGUUAUUCUCAGCUCGACCGGGGUAGCAAUCCAGUCCACACAGCAGCUGUUGUGUGAGGUAUUGUUCAGCAGUGUCCACGUGACCAGUGACCACGUGACGGGAGAGGAAGAUGAUGUCAGCGAUUUUACAGAGGUCAGGAAGCUAAUACAGAGCAGCUCCCAUCUUAUGCGGUCUUUAGUGCCUGAUAAGGAAGCUCGUAGAAGCGUGGAGGAAGGAGAAGAAAACGAGGAUACGAUUCAUCUCCAGCAGAUACUAGAAGGUGGUAUCGAGAUAGACAAAAGAGAACUAACAUUUGAUAGGGGCCGUCUCCAUAGCAACAGAAACAUAGUAGCUUACAUUAACAGAAGACCUGCAGAAGAGAUGGUAUCAUUUAACUCAGAGAGCGAGUGCAAGUUGUACCUAGCUCAGAUGACAGGGUCAUGUGAGAGUUUGGAGAGCAUUCUACAACAAGUCAGAAGAGACUCUGAAAAGUCGGAAUCUUCCAACGAGGACUACAUUAUCAUCCCCAUUCCUAAGAUAGUGGUAGAGUGCGGUGAUCAGCAAAGGAAACUAGAAGUAGAUUGUCUGUGUGUAGACUCAGAGCGGUACCCAGAUCGUAGGAGGUGUAAGUCCGCCGACUCUUGCCGAUCUCACAGCAGCCCAUCUGAGUUAGCACGAUCAGAAGAACUGCCGUACAGAUUACUAGACGGCGAAGAGGACGAGGACAGGAGAUGUUACUCCAGUCUCUCCUCGUUCGGGAACGGAUCUUGUUUAACUUGCAGAAAAACCAAACUCUAGAGAAAAACGUUACAUUUAAGAAUAUCAUGCUAUGAUAUACAAUUAUAACUUAUAUGAUAUUUAUAUUUGGUUGGAUUAAACUUGUUGGCUCCAAGAAAGUAUGUGAUAAUGGUAUAGUAGGAAUUAUGGAGUCAAGGGGUAGUUUUUGUUUUAAAAUCCCGGACGUGUAGUCUUAUUUACACUAUUUAAGGAUAUUCAUUAAAAAUUUGAGUCACCAUUUCAUAGAAAUCAGAUCCAUGAAUCUUAUUAUUCUUAAGGUUAAUGUGAUAUUGAUUGUGAUUUGUGAUGGAUUCUUUUGAAUAUGGUUGCAACGUCUGCAGUGAUGAUGAGUAUGACUGAUUAAUUUAUUUGAUAUAAAUUUAUUAGUGUAGAAUUUAUUUAUCUAAGAUAAAUUUAUUCGUGUAGAAUUUAAUUAUUUAAGAUAAAUUUAUUCGUGUAGAAUUUAUUUAUUAAAGAUUUCCGUUAUACAUGUUUACGUUAAACGUGUUUGAUGAAAGUGUUUCUAUUUUCUUUUAGCGCUCUGUAAUUAUGAUUUGAAUUUCAUUUAUUCUCAAUAUUUUGUCUUACUUAUACUUAUAGCGUUAUAUAUAUAAUAUAUCGCGAACGAAGAUACGGGCAAUUUUGUUCAUUUUUUGGGGUAUUUUCGCCUUAAAAUCCACAUUUAAACAGAUAUAAAGCUAUUACUUACAG